CUUCCAGCGUCAGGGUGCAUACUUGUGCCGUCUCAGGCAACCAUUUCGGCAUUCGUUCCUGUUGCCUGCAUCACAGCCCAUAUAAAACGCCGGUAUUCUUGACCUUCAGUCUCUCCAUUAGAAAUCCUCGCAUCCCCCUCUUCAUCAAUCCCCUCCCACUGUACCACCACCAUGGCACCCCUCGAGAUCAACGUCACCGGUACCGGCAGCACCCUCCACGCUGCCGAACGCGCCAUCCUCGUGCUCCAAGCGCAGACCCAAGACCUCCCCAGCGCAGCCGAAGCCUCGACUACCGUAACUACAACCGCCAACACGAUCCGCGAGAUGAUCAUGCCGCACUGCCCGCAGGACGAAGCCACGGGGCGGAUUGCCGAAAACGCCGCUAUCGCGCACUACUCGAUGAGCACGCUGGACACCAGCAGCAAGCAGCGCAAGAUCUCCGCCAGCGACUCCACAACCCCAGCCAAAUACGAAACCGUCUACUCCGCGCGCGCAGAGUUCCACAUCAAGUUCAGCGACUUCGCCGUCCUCAACAAACUCGCGACCCAGUUCUCCGCCAUGGAGAACGUGCGCAUCCAGCGCAUUGACUGGAAUCUGACGGAUCGGACGUACGACUCGAUUAAGAGUGGGGCGCGGAAGCUGGCGGCCGAGGACGCUAUGCAGAGAGCGUAUGAUUAUGCGGCGGUGUUUGCGGGAGUGGCGAAGGAGGAAGUGGGGAAGAAGGUUAGGGCGGUGCAUGUCAAGGAAAGUAACUCUUACUAUCAGAGUACAAGGCCGCAGUUGCAUUAUGGGAAGAUGAUGAGGGGGGCGAAGGUAGCUAGCCACGAGCUGCAGUUUCAGCCGGAGGAUGUGAGACUGCAGGUUAAUGUUGAUGGGAGGUUUGAAGUCGGUACUUGAAAGGUUGAGAUAUGCGUUUGCACUCAAUCAGAUAGGGGGAGAGGGGUUGGUCUAGAAUUGAAUCGUUGGGUGAAGGCUACGCUUUCCCCGCAUUCUGUUCCCCGAAGUCGAACAACACAUCGAGUGCAUCUGUUGCUGGUAGCUUUAUUCGAUAUUGGGUAGGUCGUUUGACUCUGCCAAAAAAUCCUCUGUGGGAAUUCUCUUCAAUCCAGGAACUGUCUUUGAGGUAAAGAAGGGAACCAG